AUGUAUCUUGCUGCUGUACAAAACUCUUCAGUCUAUUUUUGGUCCGUGCUGCAUGAUAAGAAUGCGUUUAAAUCGUCAUCGUCAAAUACAGACAUCCAUAACUUGGAGAUUCCUGAUUCUCCUUCCUUGACUUACAAGCCUCAAAUGACAGUGACGUGUUCGCUACGGUCGAUUCAGUGGGAUCCCCGGUCUUGUAAACUAGCUGUUAUUGACAAUUCUGGUUCCGCUAUUUUCUUUCGACGUUUGUAUACUGGCAAAAAUCAUGUAUACGAUCAAAAUACAUCAGAUAUAACUACUUUCAGUUUGCUAUCACAUAAUUUCACAGCAACUUGUAUAGCUUUUCCGCAAAGAUCAGGAAGAUAUCUAGCUGUUGGGACUAGUGCUGGCCCAAUAAAUUUAUACAAAUGCCAAAAACAAAUUUCUUUUCGUUCGCAGUUACGCUACAGUAAUAUUAAUUUUGAAAGUUCAUCUUCCAACGAAGUGCAGCCUAGAUGUGUCAGCUGGAUCUUAAAUGACCGUGUUGUUGCUGCUGGAUAUAGUAAUGGUUCUAUUGUCUUAUUCUUAGCUGCGUCUAGUACACCUACAGGUGAAUGUGAGAAUUUCAUAUUACCAUUUCCUUCACAUCCCAAUGACAAUAGUCUUUCUACACCUGCAUGUAAUAUUCUUAAAACUUCCAGACUAGACAAUACCUUAUUAUGUUGUGGUUAUUCUGAUGGAUCUAUUAUUUUAUGGAAUUUACACUGGCCUAUUAUUGGGCAUACACACGAGUUAAUUUUGAAUCACUGGGAUCCUAAAGCUUUUCUAUCCACUUCGAUAAAAAUGAAUAACUGUGAAUACUGUGUAGAUAUAGCUUUGUCAUCUGAUCGACUACUUUUUAGUGCAGGAGCACCGGAUAUGAAUUUACGUAUGUGGAAUACGUCUCCAUCUUGCUUAAAACCAAUAAAAACUUUGUCACCGAUUAAUGAACAACAUGGAUAUUUAAGUGUUGAUAUUGCCUCAAACACAACCAUUCUUGCAACUGGCUUAGCAAAUGGUAAUAUUUGGUUUUAUAAUAUACUUGAUUUUACUUCACCUAUCCGUUGUGUUUCCUCAGGAUUGGAUAUUCCAAUAUAUUUGCUUUCAUUCUCUUUUAUUUAUCGGACUAGUGAUGAAAUUAGGUUUAGCUCCCCAAAAUCUAAUUGGCCUGAAAAUUUACAGGAUGAGAAUCUUGAUACAAAAUCAUAUGGAAAUUCAACUUCAGUACAAAAUACUGUAACAGAUACACUACUGAUUUCAUCAAAACAACCAUUUCAUGAAGUAACUAAUGUUAUAACUAAAUAUCAACCUGAUACAUGGGUAUCAUUAUUUCGUGAAUUUUCUGUACCAGAUAUUUCAUUACAUUCAAAUUCCAGUAUAAUUCCAUCAUCUGAUCAAAGUUCUAUAAAAUCUAAUUGGUCAGAAGGGCAUAUUGAUAAUGUAGAAAAAACUGUAUCAUUAAAACCAGAAUCUAAUAUAGAUGUUAAUAUAAAUAAUGAUAAUAUAAAUAAUAAUUCAUUUAAUAUAACAAAUGAAUGGUUAGAUCAAUAUUUCAAUGUUAAACUUCAAUCUAUGAUGUCUGAAUUAAAUUGGUCUCAUAAUGAAUUAUUAUUUAAAUUUACUAAAUUAGAAUGGAAAUUUGAUCAAAUGUGUAAAGAGUUUCAUAAUGUUAUUAUACAAAUGAAACAUGAAAAUAAUUUACUUCGACAUACAUUAAGUCAAUAUUCACAAUUAUAA